CUUGCACCAGAUUACUCUUUUGCCACUCAAGCAUUCGCAUCCUCGAGCGCAACACUCCUCUCUAUCUUCAUGGGCGGCAAGGACAACGAGCCCAACGCCGACGGCGUGUUCACACCCAGAGCCGAUUACACGUCACCAACUCCUCCGUCGCAUCAAAAGCGCCAGAAUCUCAUCUGGGGUGGCGUCUCGCUCUUCCUACUGCUCAACGUCAUUGCACUCUACAUUUUACACUUCGUAGAUCGUGGCAACAAUGGUGAAGCCGUCACCAGCACCAUUCAGUCCUCGACGCUUUCAAGCACCAAUGCCAACUCGGCCUCCGAGGGCCAAGCCGUGAGCUACAAGACGAACGGCCAGCUCACGGCUGGUGCCGGCACCACCGCGUACCUGGCGGCAACCUCACUCCCGUCCGAGGACCAGUUCAUGGCGUACAUUAAGUUCGCACCGCUCGGCACGUCCGAGACGGCCUACGCCUCCAACAUCAUUUCGUACCAGACAGGAACGUCGCUUGACAUCAAAUGCACGGUUACCGUCGCCACGGUCAACGCGGACGACAAGACCGUGAGCAUCGCCGAGGCCGACAACAGCAACGUCUUUUCUGGCUCGACGGUUAAGGGACUGGCCACACUCUCGGACUCGUUGGCCAUCGCUGUCACUACCGUCACGAGCUCCGACGGGUUCAGUGUCACAACGUACGUGACGCCCAUCACGAUCGAUGACGGCUCCGUCUCGGUGCAGCAGAGUCAGACUCUUGAAGCGACCAAUACGUCUACCAGUACCUUCAUCACCCGAAUGUCGGACAAGAGCUUCGCACUGGUGUAUUACGAGUCGUAUUUACAGAAUCCAUACUACCAGCGUGUCAUCGUGGGCACGUUCGCGGACGAUGGAGCUAUCUCAUUAUCCGACAGUCUCGAGUUUGGCAAUGCCAACGGUGUAACGUUCACGCAAUUUGGCACACCUCAAUCGGUUUUUAACUCGAGCAACACGGUGACGGUGCCCUGGUACGUGGAAGCGUCCUCGACGUCGAGCAACGACACCGCGUCCUCCUCUGUAGGCAGCGUGGGUCUGUGUCUGUUCACCGCCAGCCUUUCGGACAACACACUGACCGAAACGGUGGAGGUGUGCGAUACGACUGUGAGUCCAACGUACUACAUUGACUCGGCCAAGAUAUCAGACACUGUGAUCGCACUGAGCUACUUCGAUACAGCCAACAACUACGCACUUACAGUGUCACUGGUUGAGUUCUCCGCCAUCAAACGUUCCCCCACGUUCCGUAGCAGCUACGUGCUCGACGAGUCUGUGGGCUCGAUGGACUUUGGCUCUGCUUUCGGCUUCUACCCGACGCCGAUCGUUCGUGUGCUGUCCAAUAACCGCCUGGCCGUGGGUUUCCUCAAUUCGGCCAACUCCGGAAAGCCGAGCAUCAAGGUGCUUUCGUACUCGUCGGAUCUGACGCUGUCUGAGGAGUCUCCGGUGCUCCCUGUGGCCAACGCAGACUUCUCUUUGGCGUCGGCCGACCCGAACGCUGUCGGCGCGAUCGUCUUAGACGUGGUGGCCACUGAAACCGGCGCUCUUAUCGGCUACGCAGGUCUGUGGGCUGGUGCUCAGAACCAGCGUGUGGCCCUGGUGGAGUCGUUCGGCAAACCUGUGGGUAUCGUAUCUAACGUGGACGGCUCGGACGUUGACGUCGCGCUGUCUGGCACCGUCGACAUCUCCAGCUCGCUUGUCAAGGGAACAACAUACUACGCCUCGACUGAAGGUACGCUGUACGCUGCCUCAACCACCUCGACGGACAACUACAUCCUGGCCAACGACAAUACCGUUGUUAUUUCAAAGGACGCACAGGUGGGCGUCGCUGUCGGCAGCGACAAGCUUGUAGUCACGGUUUAA